CCCAACCCUGCUUUUGUGCGCCAGGCUCAGCAAAGGCAGGCAGAGACCGCCCCGGUGCUCAGUGCUCUGGGCGCUUCAGGCUGGCUGGUGCUUGGGUCCUGCAGCUCCAACUCCAAGGGCCCCUGGAAGUGCACCCUGGUACCUCCAUCACACCAUGGCCAGCCAGUUCAAUUCCCCUGCAGCCUCACACCUCUCGCCCCUGAAAUCCUUGAGGCCACAUGUCAGAGACAUCCACGUGGGCAUCUGUGUGGCUAUCCGGCGCAGCAACAAGCGGGUCCAUCUCGCUGUGGUCACAGAGAUCAACAGAGAAAACUCUUGGGUCACGGUAGAGUGGGUCGAGAAAGGGGUAACAAAGGGCAAGAAAAUUGACCUUGAGACCCUAUUCUUGCUGAAUCCUGGUCUGGACUCUGCUGAACAUCCCAAGCCAUCCGGGGUCUUGUCCCCUUUGUCCUUAGUGUCCUCGUCGGCCAUCGGGGACCAGUGUACAGCCCCGAGGUGGGUCGUGAUGACCCCCCAGAAAAACAAAACACCCUCGGGGGACAACCUAGCUGUGAGGGUCCCCAGCAACCCUUGUCUGACAAAGCAGAAAAAGUCUUCCUGCCUACGGGAAAUUGAGAAACUGCAGGCACUGCGGGAGAAGCGCAGGCGGCUACAGCUGGAGAUCCGAGCUAGACGCGCCCUCGAUGUCAACAUGAGAAACCCCAACUAUGAGAUCGGUUGCAUGAUCGAAGAGUACCGCAGGCAUCUGGACAGUAGCAAGUUGCCAGGCCUGGAGCCCUUGGAAGACCAUCGGAUCUGCGUCUGCGUGAGGAAGCGGCCUCUCAACCAGCGCGAGACCACCAUGAAAGACCUGGAUAUUAUCACCAUCCCCUCGGCCAAUGUGGUUAUGGUGCAUGAGUCCAAGCAAAAGGUAGAUCUAACUCGCUACCUGGAGAACCAGAUCUUCUGCUUCGACCAUGCCUUUGAUGACACGGCCUCCAAUGAGUUAGUGUAUCAGUUCACCGCCCAGCCGCUGGUGGAGUCCAUCUUCCGCAAGGGCAUGGCCACCUGCUUUGCCUAUGGACAGACAGGCAGUGGGAAAACGUACACCAUGGGCGGAACCUUUUCAGGAAGGGCCCAAGAUUGUUCUAAAGGUAUUUACGCCAUGGUGGCACAAGAUGUCUUUCUCCUGCUUAGAAACUCCACUUAUGAGAAGCUGGACCUCAAAGUCUAUGGGACAUUUUUUGAGAUUUAUGGGGGCAAGGUAUAUGAUUUGUUGAACUGGAAGAAGAAGCUGCAAGUCCUUGAGGAUGGCAAUCAACAAAUCCAAGUGGUCGGGCUGCAGGAGCAAGAGGUGUGCUGUGUGGAGGAAGUGCUGAACCUCGUGGAAAUAGGAAAUGGUUGCCGGACUUCCAGGCAGACAUCUGUCAAUGUCCACUCAUCCAGGAGCCACGCGGUGUUCCAGAUCAUCCUGAAAUCAAGUGGGAAACUGCAUGGCAAGUUUUCCCUCGUUGAUUUAGCUGGGAAUGAAAGGGGCGCAGAUACUGCCAAGGCCAACCGAAAUAGGCAGCUGGAAGGGGCGGAGAUUAACAAGAGUCUCUUAGCACUCAAAGAAUGUAUCCUGGCUUUAGGGCAGAACAAACCACACACCCCUUUCAGAGCCAGCAAACUCACACAGGUGCUCCGGGACUCCUUUAUAGGCCAGAACUCCUUCACUUGCAUGAUUGCUACCAUCUCUCCAGGGAUGACCUCUUGUGAAAACACCCUCAACACUUUAAGAUAUGCAAACAGAGUAAAAGAAUUAACUCUAGACAUAAGGCCCUACCAUCGAUACUUCUAUCCGAUUGGACAUGAGGCAUCAAAGACGUUCGAAAGACACAUCAGAAAUCCAGAAAUGUCCCUUCAGAGGGACGAAUUUAUUAAAAUACCUUGUAUGCAAAGUGAAGAAGAGAACGAAAUGGAAGAAGUGGAAACAUUGUCUACUUCAUUAAUGAAAAAUACAACAACUUCUCAGGAAAAAUCUAGCCAGUGGUGGGAGAACAUCCAGGAGACAGCUGAUAGAGUAAAUUAUAAAAUUGAUUUUUGCCUUGCUCAGUCAUUGUCCAUUUUGGAGCAGAAAAUUGGUGUUCUGAAUGAGAUCCAGAAGAAACUGAAAUUAUUACGAACUGACAUCCGAAGGAAGAGCAAGGUAGACUGAAGCCAAUGGAAAGAGGUCAGGUCUGAAAUGAUGGAUACGGUGCAGCACCUUCUACCACUCUAAUACAGGGCAGUUGUAACAAAUUAUCUAAGCAUAAAGAUCCUCCUGAAAAGCUUAAAACAUCUUAAAAUAUACAGGUCAGAAAUGCACUCUUUCUUCUGCCUCUGU